AAUAGCGAUUGAGGUAUUGAUUAGAGAUCAGUGGGCUGGUGGACUCGGUGAUGGAGUACGAGUUGUGAUGAUGAUGACAGCUGAUCAUGGUAGAUUUUAGGCGAUUUUUAGGUCAACUCACCGGCUGCACGCUCUGUUUACGCUAGAGCGUUCGCUCGAUUCACGAGUUGACCUGCUUGCAUGCACUUUCCUUGCAUCCGCUUCCAGCCGAUCAACAACUGCGGGCGCACCUUUACUCGACGAAGUUCUUCUCGCAAAAGACUCGAAAUAUGACAAAGAUGGGGCUAACCGAAAACGAUCCGCACUCCUUCGCCCAUCCGGACAAAUGCGUCGUGACACACCUUCACCUGGACGUCGAGAUUGACUUCGAGCGAAAAAUUCUCGUCGGAUUCGUUGAUCUGACUUGUGAGAAACGAUCGCAAGAUGCCAACUCUCUGGUCCUGGAUACACAAGACCUCAACAUCAAGCGAGUCACUUAUAGCAAAACAGGUAAAGAACUAGAGUAUGAUGCCUCUACAGUGGAUCCAAUCUUUGGAACCAAGUUGGAGAUACAGCUACCUUCGUCGAUGGAGACAAACUCGGCCCAGAAGAUCCGAGUUGAGUACGAGACAAGUUCCUGUUCAAGCGCUCUUCAGUGGCUGACUCCCGAACAGACGGCAGGAAAACAGCAUCCGUACCUGUACAGCCAUUGCGAGCCCAUCCAUGCGCGUGCCAUGGUGCCAUGCCAGGACACUCCCAGCGUCAAGACCACCUACACUGCCACCGUUCGAGCACCCAAGGAACUCACUGUCUUAAUGAGCGCAGUUCGCGAGGGUGAGGAAGAUUCGGGAGGCGGGGCUACCAGAGUCGCCCGAUUCACCCAGAAGGUUCCGAUCCCAGCCUACCUCCUUGCAUUGGUCGCUGGCUGUCUGGAAAGCAGGAAGCUCGGUCCGCGCUGCACAGUGUGGGCCGAGAAAGAAUUUGUGGACCUGGCCGUGAUCGACUUCGAGGAUACGGAACUCAUGCUGACGACUGCAGAAUCACUGGUCGGCGACUAUGUGUGGGGCGUUUACGACCUGCUGGUGCUGCCACCUUCGUUUCCGUACGGAGGCAUGGAGAACCCUUGCCUCACCUUUGUCACCCCAACACUUCUUGCUGGUGACAAGUCUCUGGCCAGUGUCAUCGCCCACGAGAUUGCACACAGCUGGACGGGCAACUUGGUGACCAACCGCACCUUCGAGCACUUUUGGCUCAAUGAGGGCUUCACCAUGUUCCUGGAGCGCAAGAUCAUUGGCCGGAUGUUUGGGGACGACACCAGGCAAUUCCAGGCUCUGGGUGGCGUAGAAGACCUCCUCUACGCCGUGGAGACCCUGGGCGCAGAGAGCCCUCUGACGAGCCUGGUGCCUCCGCUGCGGGGCGUUCACCCCGACGAGGCGUUCUCCAGCAUCCCGUACGAGAAGGGACACACCUUCCUCUACUACCUCGAGGAGCUUCUGGGAGGGCCCGAUGUCUUCAACCCAUUCCUCAAGUCCUACAUCGAGAAAUUCAAGUACAAGUCAGUUGACACUUGGCAGUGGAAGGAGUACCUCCUACAGUACUUCAAGGACAAGGAGGAUGUCCUCAGCACGGUUGACUGGAAGGCCUGGCUGCACGGGCCGGGACUGCCACCCACGAUUCCCAGCUAUCGCAGCGAGUCGGUGAAGCAGUGCGAGGACCUCUGCAAGAGAUGGGCGGACCCCGACGCAGACGAAUCAGAGUUCUCGUCCCGGGACGUAGCCGACUUCAAGCCGAGGCACACCGAGCUCUUCCUGUCCUUCCUGCUACGAGAGAAACCACUCUCGAACAAACGCAUUGCCCUGCUGACGCAGUUGUACAAGAUGGAGCAAGUCGGAAACUCCGAAAUCAAGUUCAGGUGGCUCCGACUGGGACUGUGUGCCAAGUGGGAACCAAUAGUGCCACACGUGACAAAGUUCCUGCGCGAGGUCGGCAGGAUGAAGUUUGUCUGCCCCCUCUUCAGGGACCUGCAUGCCUGGGAAGAUCAGCGUCCGCUGAGCACCAGCCUGUUCCUUGAGCUGAAGCCCCGCAUGAUGCACGUGGUUGUCUGCAAGCUCGCCAAGGACCUCGCCAUCUCGAGCUGAUAGAUGCGAUCGAACCACAUUCGUCGCGGCGACCAGUGCCACUGUAACCUGGCCAAUCUUUUUGUGCAUAAACGGAUUUACAAGGUCAUUCAAAAUACAAUCCCUCCACACAA